GAUACGUUCCCUAAAUUACUUACUGGUUAGUCUUAGAGCUAUCAACUUUUUAAAACCAUGGAAAAGAAAUUUGAAGAAUUUACACGUAAAUUGGAUCUCAUGGAAAGUAGAAUAACAAAAAACCUAAAAAUAGAGAUCAAGGCAAUUGUGGAGGAAAGUUUAAAAGAUUUGCUUGAAGAGUCCAUCAACGAGCAUGACAAAAAAAUUUCAACCCAAAUAGAUGAGUCAGUGCUUAACAACACUCAGCAAUUGACGGAGCGUCUAGAAGUCAUGUUCCAGCAGUCUGAUACACUGAUGGGCAAAGUGGACAUGCUGGUUGAAGAUCUAAAUAGCAUUCGUAUGGUAAAUACUACUCUCCAAAGCGAUGUUCAAAUCGUUAAAGCGAGCCAGGAAUUCAUAAACGCUGAAUUUGAAAUCCAAAAAAGUUACCUGGCGGAACUUCAUACCAAAGUAGAGGAGCUAUCAGCUUCAAAUAACGCGCUCAGAGCAUUAGUUUCAACUCUUCAGCUUAGAUUCGAUAAGGUUUUCGAGGACUUGGCACAAUAUAUAAGAAGAGAGAAUUUAGAAUUUCAUGGCAUCCCGUAUAUAGAGGGUGAAAAUACAGAUGAUCUCGUAAUAAAAAUGGGCAAACUUCUGAACAUCAAUGUAGAACGUCUUGAUAUUUCAAUCUCACACAGACUGCCUCGGCGGGAUAAAUCAAAAAUCCCCCCUAUCAUAGUUAGAUUCACUAACAGGAAUAAACGGAAUGAAUUUGUUGACAAGAAGCGCACCACAUCCAGCAUUGGAAAUUUCGGAAUCACCGGUAUGAAAACUCUUUACAUUAAUGAAAAUUUGACUGACUUUAGAAACAACUUGUUAUACAACGCCCGUAUGUCAAAAAAAACUAAUAAAUACGAGAGACUCUGGACAACGAAUGGAAACAUAUUCAUGAGGAAAAAUAAGGAUUCCCCUAGAAUUCAAAUCAGAAAGCUGGCCGAUAUUGGAAACUUGGUAUGAUCAACUGUAUUCCAUAGUAGGUCUUAUUUUU